AUGAUCAUAGGCCCACUAUCCUGGUUAAUGAAGAAGGAGUUUUCUUCGACAUUGCUUAUGCAUCAUGCAUUGUUGAAAGUCUCGCCGAGGUUUGAGCAGGGCAGGUUAUGCAAACGAUUCGUAUCAACUGCGUGUCCCGACCCCUUCUGCGGCGCUAAUGGACCAGCACCUGAGGGGUGUGUUGCAGUAUUCUGCACAUCCAACGGCGCAGGGGCUCAGAUACAGCACUAUCAUGUUCCCGCCAGUGAUCUUAGCCCAGCUCAUCCGCGCAAAAAGAAUCAACAUUGCCUCGUUUUGGAGGGGGAGUAUCGCGGGCUCGUCCUACCUGUGUCGAAAUGUAACAUGAAGUCAAAGACCGUCGAGUCUUAUGUGGCGUCUCUUACGAGAAACAAGUUGAGAUCAACGAUUGGACACAUCAGGAUUCAGAAUGGUGUUCACUUUAUCUCAGCGGAGACCCAUGGUCUUUUUGGCUCCGUCUUUAAUGACUUUGGCGAGCAAGCUCUUACUGGAAUAAUUGUGUCAGUGGAAAAAGAAUGGCUGGUAACAUGCCUCGAUGAAUCAAGACACGGUCUUGAAGAUGGCGAUUUUGUCACGUUCACUGAAGUGCAGGACAUGACUGAACUGAAUGGUUGUAAUCCUUGCAAGGUCACAGUGAAGGGACCAGAUACUUUCACCAUCGGUGACACUCCCGACCUAGGAGAGUAUGUUCGAGGUGGGAUCUUUACCCAGGUGAAAAUGCCCAAAAUCCUCCAGUUUAAAUCCUUGCGAGAGUCGCUUCAAGUUGCAGCUCCAGAGUUCUUCAUGACAGACUUCGCCAAGUUCGAUAGGCCUGCUACUCUCCAUGCAGGGUUCCAGGCUUGUCUACCUCGGCCCCGAAACACAGAAGAUGCUGCUUCCCUGGUGGCUUUGGCGAAGAAAUUAGAUGCUGAUGCUGAUGAGAAGAUUAUCGCAGAGCUGGCAUACCAAGCAACCGGAGAUUUACUACCGCCCGUCGCAGCUGUGAUUGGUGGUUUUGUGGCACAAGAAGUGCUGAAAGCAUGCUCUGCGAAGUUCCAUCUAAUCCUCCAGCACUUGUAUUUCGAUUCUUUGGAGUCGUUGCCAAACACACUACCGACUGAACAAGAUUGCGAACCCCUUGGUAGCCGGUAUGACAGGAUAAGCUUGCCAAUCACCGUCAGUUCCUCGUCGAACUGGAGCAUGAUGGUUCUCGCUACCGGGCCCAACGCUACGAUUCAUACCACCGACCUAGACAUCAUCGAGAAGAGUAACUUACUGAAUCGGCAAUUCCUCUUUCGUGCCAAAGAUCUCGGGAAAUUUAAGUCUGAAGUCGCAGCAGCUCUCAAGGACCAUAUUCUCUGUAGACAAGAUCCUGUUGGUCAGGCGACAGAAAAUGUCUUCGAUGACGACUUUUUUUCGGGGAUUGACGGUGUUAUAGAUGCAUUGGAUAACAUUGCUGCACGUGUAUACGUGGAUCAGUGUUGCAUCUUGUAUGAAAAACCAGUCCUAGAAUCUGGUACCAUGGGCACAAAAGUCAAUACCCAAGUUGUGAUUCCCCAUCUCACCAAGUCGUACUCGUCUUUGCAAGAUCCCCUGGAGAAGCGGACAUUGUCGUGCACAGUCAAAAACUUCCCGAGUGCCAUUACACACACGCUGAUUGAGUGGGCUUGGCAAGAGUUCGACACAAUGUUUGUUAAGCUUGUGGAAUCUGUCAAUCGAUAUCUUUCGGAGCCUAACUACCUCGAGAGCUCCCUCAAAUACUCCGGGCCUGACCCAGAUUCCUUGACUUUCGAGGAAUGUAUUAUCUGGGCUCGUCUGCAGUUCGAGGAAAAGUUUAACAAUGCUAUCCGCCAGCUUCUCCACAGUCCUCCAAAGGAUCAUGUUCAACACCAGCGCGGGCCAGCCGUUCUGGAGUGGACCGACGGGCACGGGCCAGACCCACUCAGGCUUGUGUUCGACUCUUCAGAUGUAUCCCACGCAUCUUUCUUUUAUCAUUGCUGCAGCAAAUCUUUGAGUCAUGCCUCUAAUUACGGCCUCCGAGGAGAGACCGAUCCUGCAGUCUUCAAGAGGGUUGCAGAUUCUGUGAUCAUUCCCAAGUUCUCUCCAAGGAGCGGAUCACUCGCUGGCUACCGUCUCACUCCUGUCGAGUUUGAGAAGGGCAAUUAUGAUACUAACCAUCGCAUCGAUCUCAUCGCCGCUGCGUCAAACCUUCGUGCGAUGAACUACAACAUCACCGUCGCUGGUCGCAAAAUCAUUCCCGCCAUCGCUACUACUACCGCGCUCGUCGUCGGUUUGGUGUGUCUUGAACUUUACAAGGCAAGAUAUGGAAAGAAUAAGAUAGAUGACUCCAUGAACGGUUUAAUUAUCAACCUUGCUUUGCCUUUCUUCGGGUUUUCAGAGCCCAUCGCUGUCGCAAAGAACAAAUUCCAAAAUACUGAGUGGACCCUUUGGGACCGGUUGGAGUUCAAGCUUAAUGACCCAACACUCAAGGAGUUCAUUGCUUGGUUUAAGACUAACCACAACUUAGAUGUCAGCAUGAGCGCUGAGAGGAUGCCUAUGAAAUUCACUAGGCUGGUAGAGCACGUCAGCAAGAAGCCUAUUCCCCUGCACUGCGCCAAGCACCUUUUGGUUGAAGUCAUGCUCAUGGAUGAGAUGGAGGAUGUUGAGGUACCUUUUAUUCUGAUAAAGAUUUGA